UGAGACCUGUCAUGGAGCUGAUGGCAACUGCCGGCCAUGUCGCUGGAACAUCCCGGAGGUCAUGAGCUUCAGCUGGGCAGAGGCCGCCAAGGCAUGGAAAGCCAACUCUGUAGAUUGGCAACCAGCUCAGAAGAUCUUGGACCCUGAGUGUUUUACGACACUGCCUGAGGCACGAGAGCUGGGACUGCAGGAGUUGCUGGAAUACGUGGCACCCUACUUUGAGGCAUCCUUUGAAUCCAAUCAAGCUGCAGCAGAACAGGCUGAGGAGUUGUAUUUCACAUACCUCUUUAACGUGUCCUCUGCGGACCGCGAGGCUGUCUUCUUGAAAGCCUGCAAGUUCGCCUUGGAAACUGGAUCUGCCUCAGAGCAGCCUCUAUUGGCCGACACCGUCUGCAAGGCCUUUCUGUCCGUGACACUUCCGAGGCUCCUGGAUCUUUGUGACGCCCGCUUUGAGAAUGACUAUGACGCAGUGCUGGUGACCUACCAUGACAACGGUCUUUUCGCCAAUGUUUUGCAGCUCCUGGAUGCGUUGCUGCUCUCCAAGCCCGGCGUUCCAAUUCUGGUCGAUUGGCAACGCCGUGGUGUGGAGGGGCACUUCCAGUACGGCCCUGUGGGCUUUGACCUUUUCCAGCACCUCUUCGCCCGCACAACACGCUGUCGCUCUGCCACGCGUCACGAUAGCCAUCGAAGUCGUGUCAAUGACUUCCGGAAGAGGGUGAACAUUCUCUUUAUGAAUAUGUUGCGUGGCCUCAUUUGGAAGGUGCCAGACAAGGACUUCCAAGCUUUGCGAGAAGGUUAUCACCGAGCGAUGCAAGGGGCCUUGGUCCCUUCGCCGCUGAUGUGCCGAAAGCUCAAAGAGGUGCGUGACACGUGGCCCGAAGGAGCUCGUGUGGUCGGAGUCCACAAGCGUUUGGGCACCAAUGAGGUUGCGGCUUGCCAACUGGCCCAGCGGAAUCCUCCACCGGAGGAAUAUCUGGCCGUGGCCAAGGCACUUCUGCAAAGAACUCCGCCUGGGGUGCCGCAGGUACUGUACCUCGCCACCGAUGAGGUGCAGACGGCAGAAGCCUUUCGCAAGGCGAACAGUGAAGGAUUGGAUCGGUCAAUGGAAUACAGGGCGUAA